CUCCCCGGGGGACGUUCGGUGCCGCGGCCCCGCGGCCGCCGCUUCUUUCACACUUUAGUUGGAGCCGCGCGCCGCGCUCAGUUACUGGAGAGCGGGCCGCGCGCCGCCGCCUCCCGCACGCACGCACGCGAGCCGGCGUCGGGGUUUUCGGCUUUUACUCCCAACCGCGGGGAGGAGGGGAGCCCCGGACACACCGUGGGGAGGAGGAGGGUGGAAGAAAAAAGGCGAGAAGGAAGGGCGGGGGGCGGGAGGCUGGCCACCUUCAGCCCCCCAGCGAGCGCCAAGGUGCGCACAUUUUAACCGACUCAGCAGAAGGAUUUUCUCUGCAUGUAAAGAAAAAAAAAAUGUCCCUGUGUCUGUAGAGAUGAUUUGCAGUUCAGCCCGGCUGAAGCUGACCGAAUGAGACUAUGGGCUGUGCCUCCGCCAAGCAUGUUGCCACUGUUCAAAAUGAAGAGGAAGCCCAGAAAGGGAAAAACUACCAGAACGGAGAUGUGUUUGGCGAUGAGUAUAGGAUCAAACCAGUGGAAGAGGUCAAAUACAUGAAAAAUGGGGCAGAAGAGGAGCAGAAAGUAGCAGCCAGGAACCAAGAAAACUUGGAAAAAAGUGCCAGUUCAAAUGUGAGACUUAAAACUAAUAAAGAGAUUCCAGGAUUAGUUCAUCAACCCAGAGCAAACAUGCACAUCUCUGAAAGCCAACAAGAAUUCUUCAGAAUGCUGGAUGAAAAAAUUGAAAAGGGUCGAGAUUACUGUUCGGAAGAAGAGGAUAUCACAUAGCACCAAUUCCACCACUCAAACCAGGAGCUACUACUGUGUAAAUAGGUUACACCCCAAUUGAAAUCUUUGCAAAGGUCGGUUCUCUUCAGCGAACAGCACUAUAGCAAAAGAAGAUCGUUCCGUAUCGUACGCCCCAUUAAAUUACAGUGUUUCUUAAUGAACUUGCAAAGGAAUAUUGCUAAAAACAAACAAAAAACUGUUAUCGAACUUUCUUUGUUGCUGCUAGUUAAAACUUGUUGCAACUUUUCACUUCUCUUGUGUCCAGGUAUGCAGCAAAAUUCUGCAGUUUCACCUUAAAGAUACUGUUGGUUUUACAGAUGCUCUCCAACCUAUUUUCUAUAAGAUGAGGUAGUGGUGAACUCAGAUAUCAAACUUCUGUUCUAGACUGGUUCUGCUUCUAAGACAAGCAUCUCCUCCCCCCUCUCCUUCCUCCCUGUCUCUCCCAAGUGGUCCAGAGCCUUGCUUCUCACUGGCAAUCUUAUGCUUUGGAGAUGGGGUGGUUGCUAUGGCAACUUGUUUUUCUGCUCAGAAGAAGUAGAGAAGCUAUUACCAAUUAAACAUGUUGUGACAUGACUCCUGGAAGUGACACAGGAGCAAGCAGCAGGUUGUUUGAUUUACUAGGAAUUUGAAUCGAGGAUUAAGCUUGCGACAUUGGCUUUGCUCAGAUGCAGACGAAAGUGUGAUCACAAUCAUUUUGAAUCCCUCCUCCCCACUCCCCACUUUUUUUUUUCUAAGAAAAUAAACAUUUUACUGUUUUUAUGUAUCCUCGUCUUCUCCCAUUCAUCCAGUUCCCUGCUUCACGUUGAUCCUGGGUGCGGAAGAUGUACCCUCCUUUGCAAUGACAUGGAUAAUUGGCCUUAGCGGCUCCCUACCCUCCAGUUAAUAACUGCCACCCGUUAGCAGGGCUGUAAGUGGUCAUAAGAGGUGAGGGGACAUCCCACAACUUUUAGGAGGGCCUGGACCACCCCGUUAUCUUUCAUUUUGUUAGCAAAGAAACCAUCCUACUUCCUCAUUCUGUCCCUUCACAAUGUUACACGAACCUUGCCACUUCCUGUUCCUCUCGCUUGCACCCCUGAAUGGGACCGUGAAAAGCCUUUGCCUCCUGGGAAAUGCAGGGCAUUUACACUGGUGAUGACGUUUGGAGAUGCCAAAGCCAAAGCCCCAGGGCAGGAGUGGGGAAUGUUAACUGUGGGAUUGGUAGAGUUUAUUUUUCCAUAUUAUAUGAAGAGAAUGAUCUCUUCUCAAAGACAGAAAUAAUAUUUUUAACAAAUGUUGUCGCAAGUAAAUAACGAUCAAAAGGAGAAAAAUAACUUUUGUAUUUUUUUUAACGCGUUUGAUAGCUUUGACGAGGGUCGUCUUCACUGCUUUCAUGGGAGGGCCAGAAGCCCGGGUCUGGUUUUGUCCCACGAAAACACGCAAGGAGCCCUGUGUGUUUCUCAGCGCGGGGCUGGGAUGUGAAGGGCGAGAUCAGCCACACGACCCGAGGCAGGUAGUUACUAUGUUCUGGGUAGUCAGGAGAUCACCAGCCGCAGAAAAGAGUAAGAGGCUGAAUUUGUUUUGCUGAGAAAAGGAGGCUUGACUUUGAAAUCCAUUCACGUAAUCGAUGGCACCAUCGAUGUGCUAAUGGUGAGACUCCUCACCGCCCUUUAGACCCCAAACACAAAAGUGAGGGGAAGGAAGGCAACUCAGUCAAGCACUAGAGAAAAUGAACUCAAAUGUUAGCAACAAAAGCCCUCAAGUCUUUCAGCCAGCAGCAGCUAUUUCAGGGAACAGCUGUGGUUGUUACAUAAAUAGAGAGGCAGCCAAAAUUUAAGGCUUUUUAUCUUGCUUCAAGCAGAGAAAUGCACGGAGAGUCAAGUGGCCCAGGCUUUUAAGUUCCCUCCCCUUUGUAUGGUUUUGGCCAAGUGACCAAAAUAGUUUCCCUCAACUGUAAAUGAACUGCUAAGCCCCACCUCAAACUUGUUCCCUGGGGACUGACUUUCUGUUCACUGUUAUGUGGAUGACCUUUUCCCGGGAUUUCUUGUUCUUAUUAAGCAAGAAUGAUGCAAAUGCUCAAUAUCUUCCAUUUGCCUCCCCUCCGUGGUGUCUCCCACAGGGUCGUCCCAGAAAAUCACCACCUUCUGCCCGAAGACAAGCAUGCACCUAUCAUUUUUCUUAGAGUCACAUUUAACAUGCUGUUGAUACGCAUGUACGCAGAACCGAGUGGUUCUUGGGAACAUGACUUUUGAGUGUUUCAUAAAACCAGAAACUGGUUCCCCUGAACAAGUUGGUGGCUUUCACCUGGAGUUCUCUCCCCCAGGUUUAACUCUUUGAUGUACGAAAGUGAUUCCAUCCGCAGACGCGUUUGAUAACAUCUAGAAAUAGAUUUGAGAAAUGGGAUGGUUGAGCGGGUUGGCAUGAAAUGCUAAAUUAUGUUAGCAACACUCAAAAUUGUUUUCCAUUUGUUGGUUUUAAUCAUAAAAUUGUCAAGUGA